GUUUCUGGUGAAUUGUGGGCUGAGGGCCUGAGGUGGGGGUGCUGGGGGCACCCAGGUCUGGGUGGGAGGCCCAGGACGCAGAGAGGCUUCCACUUCUCAGGUUCUGCCCUCAGAGGAGGCUGAGCGUCCACAAACAGGCCGGGCCUAGCUCCUGGCCCUGGCUGUGUGGCCUAGGGCAGGACUAUGGCUUCAGAACCCUUCCUGACCCCUGACCUCUGCCUCAAGCUGACCCUGGCCUCUCAGGCAGCCCUUCUGGGCAGGCUUCUGCCCCCAGAGCCCGGGCCUGGCUGGGCAGGGGCGGGGGCUCCGGCCUGAGAAGUUUGGGCCCUCCUGCGUGCCGUAGCCGGGCACCUUCCUGGCCGGGCAGCGGAAGGAGGCCUGGGGGCUCCAGCCUGGGCUGGGCUGGGCUGGGCUGGGUGAGGAGCAGUCCUGCUCCAAGCCAGGUUCCCAGGGAUGUGCUGGGGUGGGGGAUGGAGUGGGGCCUGGGCCGGGGCGGCCUGGCAGGCAGAGCAGGGUGAGCCCUGUGGGCCUCAGGAGCCAGGAGGCCUGAGCGCAGGCUGGGUAGGUGAUCCAUGGAGGCUGGAGGAGGCCCCAGGGGCACUGGACAUGGGGGACGAAUGCCCCAGGUGCCGUCUGUUUCCCCGGGCAGCUCUGCGGACAUGGAUGUGUUCCAGAAGGUAGAGAAGAUCGGAGAGGGCACCUAUGGGGUGGUGUAUAAGGCCAAGAACAAGGAGACAGGGCAGCUUGUGGCCCUCAAGAAGAUCAGGCUGGAUUUGAGCACAGGUGACUCCCCCGGCAGAAGUGCACUUCUUGGCUCCUGCCUCCACUGCUGUGCCCUCCUUUCCUGCAGGGAGACCGAGGGGGUCCCAAGCACCGCCAUCAGGGAGAUCUCCCUGCUCAAAGAGCUCAAGCACCCCAACAUUGUCAGGCUGCUGGACGUGGUACACAGCGAGAAGAAGCUUUACCUGGUGUUUGAGUUCCUCAGCCAGGACCUGAAGAAGUACAUGGACUCCACCCCUGCCUCCGAGCUCCCCAUGCACUUAGUGAAGAGCUACCUCUUCCAGCUGCUGCAGGGGGUGAAUUUCUGCCACUCUCAUCGGGUCAUCCACCGAGACCUGAAGCCCCAGAAUCUACUCAUCAAUGAGUUGGGUGCCAUCAAGCUGGCUGACUUUGGACUGGCUCGAGCCUUCGGGGUGCCCCUACGCACCUACACCCACGAGGUGGUGACACUCUGGUAUCGCGCCCCCGAGAUCCUCUUGGGCAGCAAGUUCUACUCAACAGCUGUGGAUGUCUGGAGCAUUGGUUGCAUCUUUGCAGAGAUGGUGACCCGCAGAGCCCUGUUUCCUGGUGACUCUGAGAUUGACCAGCUCUUUCGUAUCUUUCGGACCCUGGGGACACCCAGUGAAGCCACGUGGCCAGGAGUCACCCAGCUGCCUGACUAUAAGGGCAGCUUCCCCAAGUGGACCAGGAAGGGGCUGGAGGAGAUUGUGCCCAGUCUGGAGCCGGAGGGCCAGGACCUACUCAUGCAACUCCUGCAGUACGACCCCAGCCGGCGGAUCUCAGCCAAGGCCGCCCUCGCCCAUCCGUACUUCUCGUCCACAGAGACUUCCCCAGACCCCCGCCAGUGUGUCCUGGAGCGUUUCUGCCGUUGAGAACACUCAAGGCCCCCGCCUGAAAGCCUCUCUCCAGCUGCUGCCCCAGCUGCCUCCCCACCCACUUCCCAAGAAAGAACAUAUCUGGGGAGAGAGCAAAACUCUAAGGAAUUUGGCAUUAGCCGUCAGAGGGCUGAGUUUGGGUUAGUCCUGCCAGCAGGUUAGCAAGUUCCUGUGUUGUUUAUUGGGUUAGACGGUGACGUUUCAAGAUGGGGGCACAGAAGCUCUGUGCACAAGGGGGUAUGUUAGAGACUGGGCCCCCUGGCACUGGAACAACAGGUACCAAGGAGAGCAGGAAGCCUGUCCUGGCUGCCUCCUGGUGCUCCUCACCUGCCGGGCUCUCAGCUGCCCGGCCAGACCCCAAGGGAAAGGGUGCCCCCUGCUGGUCUUUUUGGAUUUAAAAUGUUUGGGGGAAGAGUUGCGUUAAGAGUCCCAAGUUAAACAGGGAGCAAGGGGAGGGAGAGACAGGAUAUUUUCCUGAUCCCAGGGGAGGUCGAGGUGUGUGUGGCUGUUCUAAGUAGUUGUCUCAUCACCUAGGAUUUGCUCACAUUUGUUUGCCUCUGGCUUUAAGAGCAGGAAAUAAAAAUGACACAUUCCUGA